AUGUCAAGCCCUCGAAGAUCGGCUCUCGACCUGUCGAUACCCUACCUUCGGGAGGCAAUACUCUCCCUGGAUUCGAAGAUGGCGACGCUCCUGAGCGAACGAGACCUGCUGGAGCUGAGGUUGGAGCAAGCGGUCCGUAUGCACUCUCCUGUCCAGCGCAUGCCCAACGAUCUCCUCUCGUCGAUCUUCUCGAUUGCGGUCCUGGACGAAGAAGACGAGGACUCGAUCACCCUCUCGAACCUGAUGCUCGUGUGCCGGUGUUGGCGAGAGGUGGCGAUUAACUCUCCGAUGCUCUGGACGCGCAUCGCAAUGGGUACGCACCAUUCCAUAGACCGGGCGAUCCUCAAGCUCGACCGAUCCCGGACCGCUCCGUUGUACGUCUGCCUUGAUUUCAGCCCUCGCAUGGAACACGGCACCGUCUCUACCGAGAGUAUCAUUACGGCCAUGGAGCUCGUCCGUCCCGCAAUAUGGCGCUGGAAGACCUUCCAUCUGAUUGUACCAAGCCGGCCACAGGCCCAUGUCGCGCUCAGUCGGUGCAAGGAGCAGGCGCCACAGCUCGAGGUCUUCUCCGUCCGCGUCUCCCAUUCGAUGCAGGAAGACCACUAUUCAAAGCCGCCGCUUUCCCUGUUCGAACGCACUACGCCUCGGCUACGGACCUCGUCCUUCACCUCGUUCAGUUUCGGAUGGGACCUCGCGCUCUUGAGCAAUCUCCGCGUACUCAAGCUCGGCGGUUAUUGGAACGGGCUCUCUCCUUCCGUCGACACUCUGCUCAAGACCUUGCGCUCGUGUCCGCAGCUAGAGGAGCUGGUCCUGCGGAAUAUGUCCGACGUCGACCCGGACGGCUGUACGACGCUCAUUCCGGAGGCCUCGGAGCAUGACGAUCACGUCCUGGCACGCGCAUCGGACACGCGUUCGAUCUCCCUGCCGCGGCUUCGCAAAGCUUCGUUCUACUACUCCGGCAAUCUGCGCACCCGAACCGUGCUCACCCUGCUCUCGUUCCCGGCGCUAGAACGCAUCGAGCUGUGCUAUCUGGACAACGUCUCUCCGAUGCUGGAGGCUCUGCGCAGGCAGUCCCUCACCGUCCUCCCGCUGCGUCACUUGCGGAUCGAGUCCUGCUUCUUCAACGAACUUCGCUUUGCUCGGUUGUUGCCGCGCCUGACCUCGCUGACAUCCUUGGAGCUCGUCGAUGUGGAGGACGUGACAUCGAAUCUCAUGCGAAACCUUGCCACCCCUCCGGUCUCCCAGACCUGGGUGUGUCCCAGACUGAGCACGCUCUCGGUGGAAGGAUGCACGUCGCUGGAAUGGGAAACCCUCCGCGCAAUCGUCGAGUCCCGCCUGCCUCCCCAUUCCCGCGCGUUCCCGCGUCAGACCGCCCCCCCACACGUCCCACAAGCACCCGCGAGCCAGCCGGCGAUCUCAAGCGCGUCCGGCCACCACCACCGGCAAGCCAUGUCGUCCUCGGCCACGGUUUCCUCUGCCUCUUCCUCGGCUUCCGCGUUUGCCGCCUCCGCGCACAUCCUGUCGCGGCAGCCGUCGGUGCCCGUCCUCUCGUCCGCGUCGCAGACGGUUGGCCGUCCUGUCCGGAUCGAGUCCAUCGACCUCACGCGCUGUCCCCAGGUCAGCAAGGAGAUGGUGCAGUGGCUGCGCAUGUACGUCGCCGAUGUCAAGUGCGAGACUGUGAAGAGCAUCUGGGGCGAGCCGGACUUGUCAUAG